CGUGGACGGCCAAAAGAUGAGAUAGGGUUUGUGCGUAUAAAGUUAAAGAAGGACGUUCACGAAAUGUGGCUUGCAAGGAAAGAAUCUAUGGGCUUUUCUUCGAAAACACACAGUGAUUUUGCCCGACACUUGUUGUUGGAUUUUUCUGAAGAUCUGACAAAGCAACCAGUGGAAUCUCCAAGCCGUGGUAAGAAGAGCUUAUUAUUGAUAUCGACUCAAUUGUAAUUGCUAAAUUCCGAAUUAUAUUCAAGUUCAAUUAAUUUAACACAAGUUUGAUCCUUUUUUAGAUAAAUCCAUACCAUUUGUGGCUGCAUCGACACCAAUUGGAAAAGGCAUACCUGUAGAUAUGCCAAAUUUAUGUCUAACACCAAUUGUUGAUCAGAGGGACAAUAUGCAAGUCAAAAUAACAAAUUAAAGAAAAUAAAUAUUGUGUCUUGGAGUGUUUCACCACGCAAACAUGUAUACUUUGAUAAUAGGUUAGCCUUGCCUUUCCACUAACUGUGGUUAAUAGGCAAAUUGCCUAUUGGUGAAUGUUUUAUAAAGGUAUUGUAGUCCAAAAAUACUUCCUAAUUUGAAUUUGAUUUAUAUUGAUAUUGUGUACUUUAUUAUAGAGCCACGAGUGUUGCAUCAACAUCAAUGCUAGACAAAAGUAGAGUAGAAAGCAUUUCAAUAUCGGAGAACCCAGAAUUUGUACUCUAUGCAGAUGACCCAGGAUUUGACAGCGAUACAUCAAGUUGUGAACAUGGUAGCAAGUCAAGGUAAACAUCAUUUGGGCUUAAAUUUAUUAUCAUAAAAUUUACUCCCUGAACAGCUGAAUAACUUUGAAUGAUAGAUGUUACUAAACUGUGGUUAAUAUUUAUUGGAAUGUAUAUGAUACAGUACUGUAUCUACUACUAUGACUAUGUAUACCAACCUUUUAAAAUACGCAAUACAUAAUAUUUCAAGAACAUUUUAUUAAGUGCAACUCAGUAUUAAAUGUAGUAUCAUUUUUUAACAGUUCAUCCAGAAGUACAUCAGAUAAUGAAACAGAUGUUCAUUUUCUUGAAGGGUAAGGACAAAAAAUCUACCUUAGUUAUAACCUUGCAUUUAUGAAUGCCAGUAGAUAUAAGUGCUUGUAUCUACAGUUCACGCAUAAAUCGAUAUAAUGCAAAAGUUAUUUUAGUUAUCUUGUUUAUGACUGAUCGAGCAACAAUGUGUUGUGAAUACACUUUUAGGAAGCAACUCAACAAGCUAUAUGGUAAUAGUAUAGUUGUUGAUUUGCAGAUUUUUUUAUAUUUUGUGGGUUUUUAAAGCUCAUUAUAUUAUAGGUUUCUCCUUUCUUUAAGAAUUUAUGUACUUGAUAUAAAGUUUGCAAAAGAAAAUCAUAUAUUAUUAUUUAUGUAGAUUCUCGGAUGAGUAUGACCCCGAAGAAACACUAAGUGCCAGUGAAGAUGAAGAUGUCGUGGAUCGGACAAAGUGGGAAGAGGAUAUGGAUAUCAGCAAUGUGGAGGACCCUCCUACAAGUGAUGGCCCCACAAAACCAGAGUCACUUGAACAAAGAAAUGAAAGGUUGGCACAAGAAAUGAAAAAUGCAUUUAGUGUGCUAAAAGGAUUGGGAAACAAUAGUGACUUGUUUGGUAAACAUUUUAAACGAGAUCGUGUCAUUGUUGAUGUGCCAUUAUUGCUGGAAACAUUCAACAAAGGCUGCCAGCAUUUAUCCUGUCCUGGAGCAAGUAAAAUACAAAACUCCAAAAUGGAAGGUGGUGUUUUAACUGUUUCCUGGGAGUGCUCCAAAGGCCAUAUUGGAUAUUGGAGAUCCUCCAAUGUCCUGUGUCAGAAAAACGGACGUGAUGUUUAUACCAACUCCUUAUUAAUGGCAGCUGGUGUUUUCAUUUCCGGAAAUAAUUUUGACAAGUUGUCUUUAUUUAAUGACUUUUUUGGACUUGGUUUUAUUUCUAAAACCACUUAUAAUAGGAUGCAAACACACUUUGUAAUUCCUGAAAUUACACGAUAUUGGGAGCAGAUGAAGAAUGAGAUAUGGGAUAACCUGUCGGAUGAAUCUGUCAUCUUGUGUGGUGAUGGGCGGAAUGAUUCCCCAUGGCACAGUGCCAAAUACUGUAUGUAUGCAAUUAUGGAACAACAUCUGGACCUGAUAGUGGAUGUGAAGGUAUUUGACAAGCGUCAAACGAAAGGAAUAUCCACAAGUAUGGAAGUCUUUGGACUCAAGACCAUUUUAGAAAGAAUGGUUGGCAAAAUUAUUAUUUCUGAAGUGGUCACAGAUGCAUCAGCUGCCAUCAUUGCAUUGGUUCGUAAGAUGAAAGGUAAUGAAUGCUUAAAAUUUUAAGUAUAAACAUGGAUAAGUUUGUUUUCAGGGGGGAGUGAUGUUACUUUUUAACGAAUGAGUUUUCAAGACCUUACACAAUCAACAAUACAAACAUUAAGUUGUCAGCGGAAUUACUUUUAUGUUUGUGCUGUUUGCUUCAUUUCAUUUGUUCCUUAAUUGACAUGGUCUAUUCAUCAACUCAGUUAUUGUUACGAUUCCCAUGCAGGUUUUGUAGAAUUAGGUCUACAUGUUGUGUGCACUCUAGUCCUAGGCCUGGUAUUGGCUUUUGCCGUAAAGAUUUGCAUCCAUCACAGUGAGAUGUUAAUGUUAGAAAAUAAUUUUUCUUUGCAGAGAAACAUCCAGAAGA